UUUUGUUUCUCGUGCAUUCCCUGCAUUCCACUAUGUCAAUCAGCCGGCUGCAAUCGUGUGCAACACUCGCUCGGGGACUUUUCGCAUCCACUUCGGUUCGCUUGUUUGCUUCAUCCGUGGCCAAAAGUAUGGAUAAACACCAAGUCGUUCCGGAUGUUAUUCCGGUAGCUCCAGCCGAAGUAGCGAAGGUGAGUUACGCAAGCGGUGUCGUUGUCAACGAGGGAAAUGAACUGACCCCAACCCAGGUGAAGGACAUUCCGAAAGUGGAGUGGACCGCGGACAGUUCCGCUCUGUACACUUUGUGUAUGACCGAUCCGGAUGCUCCUAGUCGCAAGGAGCCAACAUACCGUGAGUGGCACCACUGGCUGGUGGGUAACAUCCCGGGAGGUGAUGUGGCCAAGGGCGAAACCCUGUCGGAAUACGUCGGCUCGGGACCUCCGCAGGGAACUGGCUUGCACCGGUAUGUUUUCCUGGUGUACAAGCAGAAUGGUGGCAAGCUGACCUUUGAUGAGCCGCGCCUGACUAACCGCAGCGGUGAUAACCGUGGGGGAUUUUCAAUCAGCAAGUUUGCCAAUAAGUACAACCUGGGCAAUCCAGUGGCUGGAAACUUCUACCAAGCCGAGUGGGAUGACUAUGUUCCGCUGCUAUACAAACAGCUCGGUGCUUAAGCCGGUUGAUAAGUUCUUGGUUAUCUAAUUUGAUCGUUCUGAAAUCUAAUAUUGGCGCUGUUGAAAAAUUGUGUUUAGUCAUUGAAAGUGAAAAUAAAUUUUGCCUGAUAAGGUGUUGAUAAAUUUAAGAAA